CCCGCGCCGCCGCCAGCCCCUCCCCGCGCGGCCGGCGCCCCCGCCCGCCCGGGACGGUGCCAGCCCCUUCCGUCCUCUCGGCUCCGCCGCUGUCCUCCGCCGGCCCGCGUGGGAGGACGAUGGGUCAGCGCGGAAAAAGUGAAUGAGGGCGGCGGCGGCGGCCGCAGCCAGCGCCUGACUCGGUCGAGCCCGCGCCCCCGGCCCGCCGCACCAUGGACGCGCCGCGCGCCUCGGCGGCCAAGCCCCCCACCGGGAGGAAGAUGAAGGCUCGUGCUCCCCCACCUCCUGGAAAGCCAGCCGCUCUGAGUGUUCACGGGGAACAGAACCCUCCCCGCGACAUGGCCCUCGGUCCACAGCAGAACCUGGUCCACAUGAAGGAGGGACUGCGGGACACCACCGUGGACGUCACUGUGGUCCUGCCCAGCGGGCAGGAGAAGAGGAGUGUGCUUAGUGGGAGCCAUGCAAUGAUGGACCUCCUGGUUGAACUUUGCCUUCAGAACCACCUGAAUCCAUCCCACCAUGCCCUUGAGAUCCGGUCUUCAGAAACCCAACAGCCUUUGAGUUUUAAGCCUAAUACUUUGGUUGGGACCCUGAAUGUACACACUGUGUUUUUGAAAGAAAAAGUUCCUGAAGAGAAGGUUAAGCCUGGCCCACCUAAAGUGCCUGAGAAGUCUGUGCGUUUGGUGGUGAAUUACCUGCGGACACAAAAAGCUGUUGUUCGUGUGAGCCCUGAGGUGCCUCUCCAGAACAUUCUCCCAGUCAUUUGUGCAAAGUGUGAGGUCAGCCCGGAGCACAUAGUUCUCCUGAGGGACAACAUUGAUGGGGAGGAGCUGGAGCUGUCCAAGUCCCUGAAUGAGCUGGGGAUAAAGGAACUGUAUGCGUGGGACAACAGAAGAGACACUUUUAGAAAAUCAUCACUUGGCGAUGAUGAGACAGAUAAAGAGAAGAAAAAAAUUCUGGGAUUUUUCAAAGUUAAGAAAAGAAGCAAUAGUAAGGGCUGUUUAACAACGCCUAACUCCCCAACCGUGCAUUCACGUUCCAUUAUGCUGGGUCCAUCCCUCUCGCUGGGCAGCAUCUCAGCAGUGUCUGUGAAGUCGGAGAUGAAGAAGCGCCGAGCCCCUCCUCCUCCAGGUUCAGGGCCAGCUGUGCAAGACAAGGCAUUGGAAAAGCUGUCUCUAGGGUCACAGAUCGACUUACAGAAGAAGAAGCGGCGGGCGCCAGCUCCCCCUCCACCUCAGCCACCACCGCCAAGUCCCCUGGUCCCCAACCGCACGGAGGACAAGGAGGAAAACAGGAGGAGCACAGUGGGUGUUGGAGGACGGCAGGUGCCACAAAAGCCUCCCAGAGGCACUGCUCGGGGCCCACCCCAGUUAGUGCUUCCCCCACCCCCGCCCUACCCUCCUCCUGACACAGAUGUGAUGGAGUCUCUCAGCUUUCCUGGGGAAGGUGCUGGUUCCGAAGCGUCAGACCUGAGACCCAGACUGAGCCUGCCCCUGGCACCCAGCGGUCACUGCGGCAUGGAUGGAACCCCACCGGCACCAUCAGAGGCCGAGGAGACAGUAUCUGUCAGCAGCUGUUUUGCGUCGGAGGACACAACCGAGGACUCGGGUGUGAUGAGCUCCCCCUCAGACAUCAUCUCUCUAGACUCGCAGCAUGAUAGCCUGAAGUCCAAAGAUAGGUGGGCUACAGACCAGGAAGACUGCAGUGACCAGGACCUGGCUGGAACCCCAGAACUGGGUCCCCAAAAGAGCCCCUCAUGGGAGAGGAUUGGCUGCGGGAACUCACACCCAAGAACCGAAAAAACUGUCACAGUCACAAAUGAUGAUGAAGACCCAUUCAUUGCUGGACAGUUCCAUAAAACCCUUGCAGAACUUGAUGCAGACCUGGAAGAAAUGGAAGAGAGUUAUGAAACAGAUACCAGCUCUCUGACCAGCUCCCUGCAUGGCGUGUCCAACCACUGCACCCAAGACAACGUUGCCCCCGACGGUGAUGCUGCUGCAAUCCCAGUCACGUUCAUCGGGGAGGUUUCAGACGAUCCUGUUGAUGAGGGGUUGUUUUCCAAUAGAAACAACAACGCUGGUUCGUUUGACACCGAGGGUGCUGCUGGCAGGAGAGCACACCCACAGCCGUUUCAGGAGUACAGCCAGCAACAUGUGACCACCAAGGAGGAAGUGCCUCACCCGAACCCUCCUUCCCCUGACACUGGAAAAGGAAUGCUGUUGGCUUUAUCCAACACCUGUAAAAAUGGGAACUCCAUUGAAAGGGGGCCCCAGGUGACUUCUGCCUUGAAACUUCACAUGGAUGACCAGAAUGCAAAAGAGAAAGGCAAGGAGCACAGCCCUGCUGACAGUGAGAGGACACGGGCCACCAAGACAGUGCAUCCCCAGCCAAUGAAUGGCCAGGUGGGCAACAAUAAAAGCGCCACCUGGGUAGCACCGUCGUGGUGCCAGCGAGGCCAGAACGUAGGGCCAAGUUACGGACUCAAGCAUGGCCUCACAACAUACAAAAUUGUUCCUCCAAAAUCAGAGAUGAGGUGUUACGACCGAAAUGUGUCCCUCUCCACGGGCGCCAUCAAGAUCGAUGAGCUGGGGAAUCUGGUGAGUCCUCACGUGAACUGCCACAGGACCAUAUCCCUGUCGUCGUCCCAUGUUGACACAGAAGCUCAACCCACUGGAAAAGCCAAAGAGUUCUGGAGGUGCAACUCCAUGGAGAAACCCUGGGGCUGGCCCGCAGAGUCCCCGGCCCCGAGGCCCACCUGUACCACCACACCAGCCCAGCCGCAGCCCCAGGAAAGCAGGCUCCAAGCGGGCCCCAAACCGACCCCACCCCAGCAGCCCAACCACCAAGAAGAGGGGAGACGCCAGCCACCCAUGGCCAUUGCUUGUCACAUGACAGUGCCAGCAGCUAACACCACGGAAGUCACAUUUCUCAAGCCUCAGAGAAGAACAUCCAGUCAGUAUGUGGCCUCUGCUAUUGCCAAGCGGAUAGGGACCCCCAAAGUCCACGCCAACGUGGUGGAAAAGCACAGUAAUGCUGCCAAAGGCCACGAGGGCCGAGCACCAGCACUGACCGGACAGCCUGUCACUGGGAAAGACGGCACAACCCCCAGCCUGGACUCAGAGGCACAAGGAUGCAGAGAUGGCACAAAGUGGCCCUGCAUCAGCCCUCCCAACAAUCAUCACAAAGAAUCAGCAGCGGGAGCCCGUCCUGGAGGGGAAGUCAGCCGCCCAUUUGGAAAGUCAUCCACUCAAGCUGGUCCAGCUGGUGUCCACAAAAGCUCCUGUUUCCCACUAGUCACGUCUUCUCAGAGGGAUCAUGUUUCUGUGGGGCAGAGCUGUGGUUUCAGUGGAAAGCAAAGCACGAGUAAUCAAAGGUCCAGCUCAGCAUCCAACCCCAAAUGCACACUGGACCGCACAAACCCUCCCCUUCCAUGUGCGGCAGAUGCUCGGACCCCCAGCAGGGUGCUGGCAAACAGCUCUCAGCGGGCGCCUGCCAGCCGUGAGCCUCUUCACUCUCCAAAAGUAUACAGUGCUAGUAGCCACAUCGUCCUGGAAAGGGAGGAAAAGCCCAAUUUGGUAUCUACAGAUGUACAUGAAACAGAUGGUACUUUGCCACCCAACAUUUUUGGGCCAAAGAAAAAAUUCAAACCUAUUGUCCAGAGGCCACCCCCAAAAGACACAUCUCUGCACUCUGCCCUGAUGGAAGCCAUCCACUCUGCAGGAGGGAAGGACAGCCUUCGCAAGACUUCAGAACACGCCUUGGAGGCAGGGCCAAAGAAACUGUCCUACACGGAGUCAGGGAGUGAGCGAUCUGCCCUACUCGCGGCCAUCCGAGGGCACAGCGGGGCCUGCGGCCUGAAGAAGGUGUCCUCCUCCGCCUCUGAGGAGCUCCAGAGCUUCCGGGAUGCUGUGUUGUCUCCACAGGGCUCAGAAGAUCCUGGGCAAGACUUUGGCCUCCUGCCCCCGCCGGCCCUGCCACCCCCUCCCCCGCUGGCUUCCCAGACUCUCUCCACAUCGAGGACAGCUUCCAGGUUCAGCACAGGCACCCUGGACAGCCCAGUGGAUGCCAGGCAAGCCUUGAUGGACGCCAUCCGCUCUGGUACAGGGGCCGCACGGCUGAGAAAGGUGCCCCUGCUUGUAUGAACCAUCAAGAAAGACCAGAUCACUGAGGAAGCCCACCUGUGAGACAUCCAAAAUCAUCACUGAAAGAUUCCACGUGGUGAGGAACAUCAAGAUUGGUGUUACUUUCUACAGGCCAAAAUGCGUGCAGUUGAUUUUCAGUGUGUUCUUAUAUAACGGUUCAAAUGGAGGGGAAAAGACUGCUUUUCUGUGCAGCUUGUGUGCCAAGGAAAAUGUGUUUUGCCUCUGAAUAUUUGAAGUUGCCAAUAAACUAUUCUUGUUGGCAGGUUAAUGGGAAUAUAAAUGCUGGAGCCCAGCACUUGCACUUAAUUAUAUUUAUGGGUAAAGUGAAAAGAAUCAUGCUUUAGACUGGUAUUGUACCUUUGAGACCUUUACUGCAGAUAGAUGGUUAAAACCAUUUAUUUGUUUAAAAUUUUUUGAAUUCUAGAAAAAAAUAUAAAUCAACUGAAGUAAUCUCAAUGUUAUGUGCUACAUGAUGCUAUGUGUAUUGGUAGUAAGGGAAAAAAAUUGGGAGGCUUUUUCAAAGAUGACUGUUGGAUAAUAAGAUUAUGGAUUUUUAUUUCUCAAAUAUUUGGGGCUAACACCUCAUAGAGGGUUGUGAACCAUGAUCUGAACAACGAACAUUUUAAAAAUCAACUAUUACCACCCAGAAUAACAAUUGUACAUGAUCAUGGGGACAGGGCAUUUCUGAGUACUCCAGAGGUGGCGGGUGGCUGAGGUCAGAAUGACAUGGGAGUGGAUGGCUAGUGCCCCACCUGGACAGCUGUUUCCCCAUGGGCUGUGAAGUGGAUCAGGUCUCCCCCGGGGACCUGUGCACGGAGCCCGGUGACUUCCCUGGGAGCCUCCUGAAAUCCUGCAGAGGGCCGAGGAGCAGGGAUGUUGGGUGCCUACGUGCCGCAGAGAUCGGAUCAAAGUUGUGCUUAGAAUUUCACGAUUUGAGUUCGGUCUUGAUGCUUUUGCCAGACAGUUCAGUGCCCCGCCUUGUAUUAUAUCACGGUCUUCUCAUAGCACACAGUGCUAAGUCACCAGUGCUUGUAAUAAAGUUUAACUACAGCAGUAGUUUUUCAUGUACAUCUAUAAAACAUUUUGUAUAUUGAAGAAAUCUCUUUAAGACAGUGAUAAAAAUCAAGAGGAGUUCAUGAAGUAAAAACCUGUAUCUUAAUGAAAAAACAACUAUGUUCACAUCAUUUUAAUGUUUCACAAUUAUUUCAGAUCCGGGCAUCGGGCAGAAGGGAAACUUUGUUCUUCAUUGUCUGAUUAACAUUGCUAAACUUUUUCCAUGAAGCAAGAGCUACCAGCCAAUUGCUCUUAGUCACAGCAGUCUAUUCUUUGUCUUUU